AUCCAACCAACAACCUCGUUGUCUCCGCCACCUCUGUUUCCACUUCUAACUAACACCUUCUUCCACCAACAAUUAUCCCAAUUCAAUUCACACACCUGCAACAACAAUGGCACAAUCUCUCAGUUUCUUCGUAUCAACCUCUCAUUCACCAGACUUCACACAUUCCUACACCAAACCUUUCCUCCAAAACCCCAACCGCCUCUUCUCCCUCACCAAACCACCAAAACAAUCACCUCUCAUACUCUCCGCCUCAACCGACAACGGUUCCGGCUUUACCGCAGUCACCCCGGAGUACGAAACAGCCAACGGAACUUCACCGGUUGCAGUUUUGGCUGAUUCGAGUUCAAUAAUUGAGGUGGAUGCGGUUACUGAGGCUGAGCUGAAGGAGAACGGGUUCAGGAGCACUCGGCGGACGAAGGUGGUGUGUACGAUCGGGCCGGUGACGAGUGGGUUUGAGGAACUGGAGGCGUUGGCGGUUGGGGGGAUGAAUGUGGCGAGGAUUAAUAUGUGUCAUGGGACACGUGAGUGGCAUAAGAGUGUGAUUGAGAAAGUGAGGAGGUUGAAUGAGGAGAAAGGGUAUGCUGUUGCGGUUAUGAUGGAUACUGAAGGGAGUGAGAUUCAUAUGGGGGAUCUUGGUGGUGCUCCUUCUGUUAAAGCUGAGGAUGGGGAAGUGUGGACUUUCAGUGUUCGAGCUUAUGAAUCGCUUCGCCCGGAGCGCGCUAUCACUGUGAACUAUGAUGGAUUUGCAGAAGAUGUGAAAGUGGGGGAUGAACUCCUUGUUGACGGUGGAAUGGUGAGGUUUGAGGUGAUUGAAAAGAUCGGUCCCGAUGUCAAGUGCUUGUGUACUGAUCCUGGACUUUUGCUACCACGGGCUAACUUGACUUUUUGGCGAGAUGGAAGCUUAGUUCGUGAACGUAAUGCCAUGCUUCCAACAAUUUCCUCAAAGGAUUGGUUGGAUAUUGAUUUUGGGAUUGCAGAAGGUGUUGACUUUAUUGCUGUAUCAUUUGUCAAGUCAGCAGAAGUGAUCAAUCAUCUUAAAAGUUACAUCAAAGCGCGGUCUCGUGAUGGGGAUAUAGCGGUAGUAGCAAAGAUCGAGAGCGUUGACUCAUUGAGAAACUUGGAGGAGAUAAUCCAAGCUUCAGAUGGAGCCAUGGUAGCGAGAGGCGAUCUGGGUGCACAAAUCCCGUUAGAACAGGUUCCGCUGGCUCAACAGAGGAUCGUUGAAACCUGUAGACAGUUGAACAAACCGGUAAUAGUGGCUUCUCAACUACUUGAAUCCAUGAUCGAGUACCCCACACCCACCAGAGCCGAAGUGGCUGACGUUUCUGAAGCAGUGAGACAACGGGCCGAUGCUCUUAUGCUGUCUGGUGAGUCAGCCAUGGGUCAGUUCCCUGAUAAGGCUUUGACCGUCUUGAGAAGUGUCAGUUUACGAAUCGAGAAGUGGUGGAGGGAAGAGAAACGCCGUGAAGUUAUGGAUCUCCCGGAUAUCGCGUCUUCUCUCUCCGAUAGUAUUUCGGAAGAGAUCUGCAAUUCCGCUGCCAAAAUGGCCAAUAAUUUAGAGGUGGAUGCUCUUUUCGUGUACACGAAAAACGGAGAAAUGGCAUCUCUGCUAUCGCGUAACCGGCCCAAUUGCCCCAUUUUUGCUUUCACAGAGGAUGUUUCGGUUAGAAGACGUCUAAAUCUACAAUGGGGUUUGAUACCAUUUCGGCUCGGGUUCUCAGACGACAUGGAAAGCAACCUGAACAAGACGUUCGCUCUACUCAAGGCCCGAGGUAUGAUCAAAUCGGGUGAUCUUGUUAUUGCUGUAUCCGAUAUGUUGCAAUCGAUUCAAGUUAUGAAUGUGCCAUAACAAAUACAUAUUUCAUUUGCCAACAUCCUAAAAUAUUCUAUUCGUGUACGUCGACUCGGUUCAAGAACCAUCAACUCUAUCUGUGUAGCUUGUAAUUUGAUCGUUUGGCGUUUGGUUGUUCGUUUC